AUGAGGCGUUUUUGUGUGAUAUGUUUAUUCGGGCUUUCAGCGUUCUCCCUCCCGGCAAAUGCGAGUUCAUGGGCAGCUUUGCCUAUGAGGGUCCUGCGGUCCCUUGUUGAGGCCGACGUUGUCUUCAAUGGUGCCACAGUUCGGACGUACUUUGGUACGCCUCCUCAAGAAGUCGAGCUUACAGUUGAUCUUGCAGCCGAUUGGCUAGCUGCAUAUGCGUACGAUUGUAUACUAUGCAGUGGAGGGACUUCAUUCAAUGCACUGCUAUCAUCUUCAUUUCAGCCAUUACAUUCAACAUGGAUGAACUCCAUUCCUGGGUUUAGUGGCACUGAUGUGAUGGAUCGGGUUUCAUUCGGCGGAAUCCUCAAUGCGCCAGAAACACAAUUUGCACUUAUCGAAAGUGGUUCAAACUAUACCUUGCAGUCGACGAUUCAAAACGGACACCUAGGUGCAUUCGUUAACCCAUCCAAUGACACUUCCCCAUCUGCACACAUCUUUUCGCAGUUGUACCAGUCGGGUCAACUUCUCAACCCUGUCGUAGGCUUCCGGUUUGAUCCAUUGAACCCCAAAAUCACAAUCGGUGCUCUGGACCCAGCAGACUAUGAUGGAGAUUUGAACUGGGUGGAAAUAAAUGCUCCUGAUGCAUCUUUCGACUCUCUGAACACCUUCAGCAUUGAUGGUCUGAAGGGGUACAAUGGCUCAUUCAUCCCAGCCGGCAACAGCUUGACUGCCAAUCUUGACUCUCUGGCAAACACAAUAACAAUACCCAAUGUCACAACAUACAUCUCCAGCCCAGGCUUUAUGGGACCUAUAAACCCAGUGAUCGCAAACGGAGUCUUGGCAUAUCCAUGCAAUGUGACUACCCCUUACGUGGCAUUAUCAGCUACAAUCAAUGGCAUUGACUAUCAAAUCGAAUCAAGCGGCAGUCUACUUCGGCCAUACAAUUUUCUUAGUCCCGCUGAAGGUUAUUGUAGCGUCGGCAUCGUGAACAAGUCGGACACGCUGCUGCCUUCUGUUAGCCUCGGCUUACCUUUCCUACGAAGCGUCUAUCUCGCCUAUCGUUUCCCAACAGACGGUUGCCCCGGACACUAUGGGUUCGCAUUUCCUGUGGGUGCAAAUCGCACCGGUUCUCAGAUCUCCCAAACACCAACCUCAACUCCGACGAAAAGUGCUCAAUGUCUAGUAUUAACAACGCCAACCUCGUCACCAUCACCAUCCGCUGAGGUGACAGCUCAACAGAAAUUACUGUCCUCCAACAAAUACGACGUGUAUGGAGGAACGGACGAAGCAGUAUAUCUUGUUGGUGUGGAUGAUCUAUCGCAAAUGGAUUCUUUGGCGCCUGUUAGCGCUGCACCAGCCCCCACAUCGACAACACCAUCGUCUAAUUCAACCAAGGUUCCCAUUUUUGCGCCGCAGCCUACUCAAAGUUCUGGUUUGUAUAAUGUGUUCGGGACACCGCAAGAUGGGCUAGUGACGCUCGUCGGGGUGAAUGAUCUCCCGCAGAUGGUCUGGAACACCACGGAAGUUAACUGAGGGUAAUUAGGCAGUCAAACAGGGAAUACAGGUCAUGCGUGCUGUCAUAACCCGUCGUUUCGUAACAUUAUUAGAAGGUUAUGUCAAUACAAAGGUCAUGAUGGCUCGGCUCGGCUCAAAAGCCGGGGCUAGGGCUCGGCCUGAGGAGGCUCAGGCUUUGAAAAAAUGGGAAGUACUUGAUUGCGUU